AUGUUGUAAACUUGUUGUUAUGUUGUAAACUUAAACUGAACGAAAUAAUUUUAGUUUUCUGGAAAUAAUUUUGGUAUAGUUAUCAAUCAAGGUUUAUUUGUUUGUUUCAAUUGCUCGCAAGCAAAAAUGACUGUGGCUAAUAAUGAAUAUCCGAAAGCAUCAAAUGCCACAUUGAUUGGUGCCAGCAUAACAUAUGUAGCGGGACUAUUCUUGCUAUUAUCGUUUGCAAGCCCGUAUUGGAUAGAAUCAUAUCCUGAAAUGUUUUCCUCUUUUAAACACAUGGGUCUAUGGGAGUAUUGCUUUGACCGUUUUCGUUUUCCAUCCUAUCAGUUUGAUAAGUUAUUCCAUGGCUGCCACUAUGUUUUUAGCCAGGAGUACUAUGUAAUUCGUGAGUGGAUAUUACCAGGGUGGUUGAUGAGUGUCCAGGCAUUUGUGACACUCGCUCUUAUUUUCUCAUUCGCAACACAAAUUGUCUUAGCUUGUGUGAUUGUAAGGUGGCCUUUGCGUCUUGUGUUACAAUACGAGUGGACUUUUGUUACUAUUUCCUUCACCAUGUUGAUUAUAUCUAAUGUAUUCCUCUUUCUGGCAGUGGCAAUAUUUGGUGGUAACUGUUACCGACGUGAUUGGCUGCUAUAUCCUUCAUUCAAUGUUUUAUCUUGGUCAUAUGCAUUUGCUGUUAUUGCCUGCAUAUUAUUUGGUGUUGCUGGCAUUCUUCUUUACCUUGAAUCACGCAAGUUGUACGAGUUGCGGUCCGAAGCUAGAAAUCUAGUUGGACAAAUGCAACACAGCCAGCCUGAACAUGCGCUGCAUCAGCUUCGAAAUCAGCUGCAGCAGCAGCGUUCUAUCGGUUGGAACGCGUAGAUCUAGUCCGAACUUUGUUAUAAUUGUUUAGUACAUUCUUUAAUUUGAUCUUACAUUCAGCACGUUAUCUGGAUUUGAAUCUCAACGAAUGUUUUAUGGCACAAGACACUUAACUUUGACUUCCAGACAUUUGUUAGCUAGUGAAAAGUUUCUGUAUUCCAUAAUUAUGAUUAUUGUAAGGGAUAGACGAUUUGAAUUUGUUUAAUUGUGCUGACAAUAUAUAGGUACUUAAAUUAUUAAGAUUUGAUAGAAAUAUUUCUCACAAUUACUUAACGAUGGAAGUUUGAAGAAUUUUGUCCCGACUGUAUAUUUAAUUGUUAAAUAAUUAAAUUAAUUUAACUAUAAUAAAAUUACACUGUAUGUCAAUCAUCAGUUUUGUAUCCCAUUUGAAAUUUAAAUAAAAAUGACAUUUGAAUAAAAUUUGUAAUUUUUUAGACUGUUUUUUUCAAUAAUAUUUCGAAAUUAUUUAUUGUAAGAAAUUUCAAUAUUUUUGUUUCAAUUCUCAGUAUUAGAGCUUAUAAAGUGCCUUGAUAUGUACCUAUUAUUUUAUUUUUAAUUAGAAUGAUAAGUGUGCAUUUAUUCAUAAACGAUCGUAUAAUAGUAAUUUUAUGGAAUAAUGUUUUAGUCUAUAAUUAAACAAUACAAAUUAAAUUAAGUUGCAUUUACAGGUAUUGUACAUGAUCUAAUGAAGCAAUGUCGAUUUUUUAUCGUGAUUAUACAAUUAUUGUUUGUAGCUUUACAAUAGUGAAGCAUGCGACAAGAUGAAAUUGUUGAAAAAUAUUAUAAUGCCUAAAUAUUAAGAUGCCAGUUUGACGUUUCACUUUUGGCACUUGAUUUAUUGUUUAGAUAAUAAUGAAAGUUUUCUUUCUGCAGAUAUGAACUUAGUAGAUGAUAAUUAUUAACGUAUUCCGUCCAUUUUAUUAUAGCUUAAGCACUGAUAAAAUAAUAAAUAAUGUAUUUUU